AAUCUCCCCAAUCCUCAUGCACUGCCAACUGAAGGACCCUCAAAACAGUCCACAAGGAGAAAAUGACCUAUCGCUACUUUCAAGCACCUUCCAAAGCAAAAGCAAGAACAGUGGUGCGACCACAACCACCCACUACAAUCCCAAGACAAACAGCACGAAGAAAACAUGGUGGCCAAACCCAAACAGAAGAAAUUUGAAGAAAAGCCACAUCAAUUGCUGGGACUGCUCAACAUCACUUGAACUUUAUGACGACCCAUGGAAGAUCAAGAAAGUGUUGACAAAGAGUGAUGUUGGGAAACUGAACAGACUCUUGUUUGGGGCAGAUUUGCUUGAGAACUUGAUGCUGCCCGUGCUUGGUGCCGAUGCUCAAAGAGGAAUGGGAACCCCCAUUAGGGUUUGGGAUGCUGACACCAUGACCAUGCACGCUCUCAUUCUCAAGCGUUGGGCUUCUUUUCAGAACUUUGUUCUCAUUGGAGGUUGGAACCGAAACUUUGUCAAGAGAAGGGGGUUGAAGAAAGGUGAUGAAAUUGGACUUCUCUGGGAUUCUUCCACAGGUUGCUUCCACUUCUCCGUGCUUAAACGAACUGAGUAACUAGUAAGUAUAGUACCACGACUCUAUUUCUGGGUCAUGGAAAACAACUAGUAAGAUAAUUAUGGU